GAUGCCGGGAGUCAGACCAGACCCAAAACAACAGUAAACAUGUCGCUUGAAGAAAAUAAUAUUUCAUUGGCAAAUAUGCUCAGCAAUUUGCAAUUAAACGACACUAAUCACGAUAAUAAUGACAACAAUAGAGAGACUGAAGAUCUCCCGUGCAAACUGCCCCAAAUGGCCGAAGCUGGCAAUAGUGACGACGAAAAUACACCCAACAGCAGCGUCGGCAGCAGUGAUAUUUUUCUUGUUUCGGAUGAUUCGAUGUCCAUGGUUAGUUGCAUCCAUUCGUACGAGUUGAAUAGCACCAUCAUCGAAUUAAGUGACAAUAAUUCCCUGAGUGUUGUCACCGUCGAUGAGACCGAAUCCGAGGACACCGCCAACAGCUAUUCUAGUCUGGAAAACAUGGAACAACAGAAAUCUCCGCGAAAACGUGGUAUAGCUGAGAAAUCAAAUGCCAAUAGUGGAUCGGUAGAUACAUAUCAGUCGGGUGGGCGUGCCAGCACUCCAACUAAUCCGAGGGUGGUAACCCGCAGUGGACGCGCCGUACGCGCUCUAUUGGAUAAAACAUUUGAUUACUCUUCGUCGCAGCCGGAGGGGGAAGACGAGUCGUAUAGCCUGUCGAACGAUACUGAUGAUGAGGAUUAUAGCCUGGAACUGAGCAGCUCUGAGACCAAAUGGGUUGGUCACAAGCAGAGGCGCGUCUCCUAUCAGCACAGCCACAGCAGCAGCAGCGACGCGAAUUGCACAAAACGGGAUCAGCGUCUAAUAUACAUUGACCUAGGCCAGUCGGUGGCGAUUGUGGGGGAUAGCCCCGUAGCCGAACUGUCGGUCGAUGAUGAUGCGGAGCUCAAGACGAGACUGCACAAAUUCCUGGGCCUCAUGGCCCCGCGCCGACGCCUCUACAAUCCCAUGGACAACUUUGACGAUGAGCUAGAAAACUCUUCGCAGAAGGAGCCUCUAGUGUCCUCCCGGAGUCCUCCAACAGAUCUGACCACCACAACGAUACACAAACGCCUUUUUUCGCCCACCACACCGACGACAAUCUCCAGCAGCAGCUGGUCGAGGCUGAACAUAUCGAAACAGAAUGCACCCACCAUUGAGGAGAGACAGACAAAGUUCUAUGACGACCUGGUGUUCCAGGCGAAUGCCACCUAUAUUGAGACACAGACACCGGCCUUCCUCAAGGAGCCGAUCGAUCUGAGCGGCCUGCCCAGUGAAAAGCAGCGGGCUAGCAUUUGUCGACGCCACAAUGGCAGCAUUGCCUGCCUCGAACAGCAUCCGCACUUCUACGGAUUUGUCGAGUCCCUGAAUCCUCAGACUUCGAUCAAUCUGUGCCAUCCACGGGCAUUGACCUAUCGCCAAAGUGACUUUGCGAAGUGCAAAGUGGCCCUGGCCAAAGUCCUGUUCAGUGUGUUCAAUCAUGCCAUCUUUCACUGCGGCCUACAGGCGAAAAUAGUGUGGAAAUCGGGCAUGAAUACGCCCUGCAGCAGCGAGCUGGGCUUCACCACAUCGGGCAAGCGCACAGCACGCAUUCUGCUGUGGCAGCACAUCAAUCAAACGGGCAUGCUUAUAAAGCCACUCCUGCACGAGAUGUGCCAUGUGGCGGCAUUUGUCUUCAAUCGUGAGGCAGGGCAUGGCGACAACUGUCGCAAAUGGGCGUACCAAGCUAAAAGCCUCAUACCAGAGCUGGCAUUGAUCAGUGACUGUGAUGCCAGCCAUAAAUAUACGUGCACCCUCUGCGCCCGCUGUUCCUAUGGCCGCAUAACAUUUGAGAACGAGGCGGAGCUACUCCGUUGUCACUACUGCCAGUUCGAGGUGAGCGUGGAGCGUUGGAAUGCCACGGACACACACAAAAUGUCGCGUCCCAAUCAGUUGAGCACGCCCUUCAAGACUUUCGUACGCGAGAACUACCUGCUGGUCAAGGGUGUGGAUGCGCAUAGCGCCAAGAUGCAGCAACUCAAUCGACAGUUUAUGGACAAAGAAUGUGCCUGAUUGUAUGAUUGUUUUUCGUUUUGCUAUAGUUAAUCUUAGCUAGUUAAUCUAUGCCAAUUACAUUUAUAUUAUAUGGAGAGUCAUGUGUACGCUUGGAAUCAACCAAAAGCGU